AUGAUUCCAUUUAUUAAUUUAAUAACACCAAUAACAAAUGUUAUUGGAAGUGCACUUUGGGCUUGUGAUAUUGAAAGAUUUAAAGAACCAUUAAGACAUCCAAGAAGUUAUUUAUUAUCACCAAGUCCAGCUUUAAUUGAACAAGAACAAACUGAUUAUGGAAGAACUGAAUAUGAAAAAGAUAAAAUAUCCCCACCGAAUUAUCAAGAUACUAUCCAUAAUAAUAUUUAUCCAUCAGCUCCAUCUAUUGAAAAACAAUAA